CCAGUCACUUUGGAAGUCUUCUCAAUUUGAUCUGAUAAUGAUAUAUUUUGCAACAGUUUUAGUUUAUACAGCUACAGUUCUUUUAAAACCUAAAUGUUUGAACUCUCAGAAUGAAUAGCAAUAUUCCCAUCGAUCCCAGUCAUUGAACAUCUUUGACCAAAUUUUUGCUGUCUUUUCCAGGUGACCCUUGGUUUUUGCAAGUUGCUUUGCGAAAACGACAAGCGAGCAAGACUUGUGUUUUGUUCAGCUACUAUUGCAGUAUGGACUUGAUGUUUGAGUGGGAAUAUGAAGGGGAUAGGUUUUCGUUUGAUGACAGCGAUCGUUUUGAAGAAGAUUCGCUCUGUUCUUGGCUAAGCGAACCCGAAAGUCUUUGUAACAACUGGAGAGGUUGGAAAAGGCAAAAUGGAGGGCAGACGACGCAAAGCUCUCGCUCACCCGAGGCUAAGGUGUCGUCUCUUGUUGAGCUGGCCGCCCAGGCCGUGGCGUGUAACAUCCCGUUUGAGGUGGUCGAGCACUACCCCCAGCCCAUUCCCGAACAGCUUCAGCUGAGCAUCGCCUUUUGGAGCUUCCCUGAGAGUGAGGAGGACAUCAGGUUGUAUUCAUGUCUUGCAAAUGGAAGUGCUGAUGAGUUCACCAAGGGAGAGCACCUGUACAAAGCAAAAGCUGUCAAAGAUGCAUUGCAGAUCGGAUUCCACCUGAGUGCAACUGUUAUCCCGCCCCAGAGUUUAGCGCAGGCUCAGGGUAAGGGAAACUUUAAUGUAGCAGUGGUGUUCGACCGCCGCCGUAUCUCGUCAUGCACAUGUACCUGCAACAGCAGUGCCUGGUGUUCCCAUGUCGUGGCGCUCUGUCUCUACAGGAUACAUCAGGCUAGUUCUGUUUGUUUAAGAGCUCCUGUGUCGGAAUCGUUAUCACGACUCCACCGGGAUCAGCUACAGAAAUUUGCCCAGUAUCUCAUUAGUGAAUUGCCACAGCAGAUUCUUCCGACAGCACAAAGACUUCUGGAUGAGCUGCUGUCGUCCCAGGAAACAGCCAUGAACACCGUCUAUGGAGCACCAGACCCGACAGCAGGCCCUCCAGCCAGUGAGCAGACGAGCUGGUGUCUGGACGAAGCAACCCUUCACGACAACAUCAAGAAAACUCUCGUCAAGUUCUGCAUUCCUUCUCCAAUGGUCCUCAGUGAUGUGAACCAUCUUGGAACAAGUGCCCCACCGGCUGCGGCCGAGUGGCAAACCCUUCUGAGACCCUUGAGGGGGCGAGAACCGGAAGGGAUGUGGAACCUCUUGUCGAUAGUUAGAGAGAUGUUUAAACGCCAUGACAGUAACUCGGUUCCAUUGCUGGAAAUACUCACAGACGAGGUUCUACAGUGUGAACAGAUUCUGAUCUGGUGGUUUUUGACCAAGGCCUCCUCCAACAACAGCAACGCAGUCCACUGUAACCGAGGCGGUAACAGUGCGGCGAACGCCUCCCAGCAUGCUGCGUCCAGCCUGUGUGAGGAGAUAAUCAACCUGUGGAGACUUGGGGCACUCAACCCAAAACUGUCUCCCUUCCAACGAGAGGAUCUAUGCAGAAAAUUCAAAAACUGGCACUCAAAAACUAUAGAGAUAGUCCGCAAAGCGCGUGGUUCCACUUCUAGUAACUCAGGUAUUAAUUUGAAGAAGAAUGACAUUGAGAACUUUGCGGGUUUCAAGCCUGCGAUCGAAGCGUGUCAGAUGACGUGGGACGACUACCCAAUCCCGGGGAUCACAUACUCCGACAAGGAGGGAUCUCGCUACGUGUACCACUUCUGUUCCCGCGGCCAGGACGGCGAGGUCAAGAAGUUCUCGCGUGUCCAGCCCGUCACCAUUUGCUCAGAAGACCUCAUCAGUACGGAUAACUCACGAACUCUUGCUCAUUCCCAGCGAUCUCAGGAGGCCCGGGCACGCAACCGGCAGGAUCAGCGUGCUCUCAACAUGCGCAGAGACUCUGCAAUCAACGACGGCGCCAUCAGCUCGGGCUCCGAGGGUUUCUGUGAGCCCGAGCGUGGCUUCCGAGACUCCGAUUCUAGUUACGAAAAUAAAUGUUUCCACUCCAGGUCAAACUCUCUAGACGAGCCUGACCCUGCGAACCUUUACGACGUUCCGGUGUCCCGUGCUAUACAAGGCACGGCGAAAGUGGCAUCAGCCGCAAGACCACAAGAUGCCGAUGUUUUUGAUGACGGCGUGGAAACCGACCAGCCAGAGUACAAUUAUAAUAGCCUGCCUGCUCACAGCAAGAACCAGGAAGCUGCUGCUGCUACUGCCAGGCCGGAGUCUGUGUCGCGAGAAUCUAGUCAGAACUGUGAGACUGUCGGCCAGUCGGCCGAACAGUCGACAUCCGAGUCCCAGCAGUCGAGUGACGAGUAUCAGAUGUACUUCUACGAUGCAAAGAACAAGCCAAACGAGGCUGACAAGAAGAAGAAGGAUAAGAAUGAAGAGCCGAACAUAUUUGCUGGAAUUAAGAAGCUUGAUAAUUCUCAAGAUGUUCUGUUUGCGAGGGCAGAAGCGCUGCAUGCUCACGGUCACACGAAAGACGCAUGUACACUCGCCAAGCGACUCGCUGAGGAGAUGUUGAGCAAUCCACCCGAUCUCCUCGCAGAAACGGCCAAUGUUCCAACUCCAAAGUCAAAGAAGAAGAAAGCAUUGACGACCAUCAGCCUGCUGGCCAGUGCCACGCUAUUGAAGGCUGCUUUCCUGUCAAGCGUGCUGUACGAGGAGAUCGACUGUCACUACCUCGCCUUCCAGGUCGGCAUGUUCGGACUGGAGCUCGCCAGGCCCCCGGCGUCAAGCAAGGUUUUGGAGGUGAAGCUAGCAUACCAGGAGUCUGAGUUGCUGCAGAUGUUGAAGAAGAUACCUCUCCGCAAACAGGAACUUGCCGUCCUGCAGGCCAGGGCUGCCGAUCUGAGGGACGGGAAACUCCAGACUCGGGGCGACGCCCACCUUCCACUCCAUCUGGCAUCAUUCAUCUUCGACUCACUCGGUCUUCCAGGCUGUUCUACAGAUGUCGUUUCAUCAGAUGAAAAAUUGGGAUUUGAAGCAGCAGUAACAGCUAUUGGUUUGAAGGCCAAUGUUAGUGAGGCUGAACACCCACUGUUGUGUGAGAGCACGAGAAGACAGAGAGGAGAACUUGUUCUGGCCAUGCUGGUCCACUACAAAGAUGACCAGAUCAAGUUAGCUAAGAUCAUGGACAAGCUUCUUGACAAAGAAGUUCAUCAGUUCAAGUCUCCUAGUCUGGUAGCCGUUCUGUCUUCAGGCAAAGUGUCAACCUCGUCUAGUCAACAGCUGGUCGCGUCAUCAGCCGCGACAACUAGUCAGUCACCUGAAUCGUCAGGGAAGUCAAAAGCUACGGGUACUUCGGACAUGGACAAGCUGUUUUUACCUGACCGUGCUACUCCUGCUGCUGCUGGGGGGACACCGGAGAACGGUGGGAGUCCAUGUCAUGGCCACUUCAACACUACGUCUAGUUCGGAUGGAACCCCAACACCGUCAGGUUCACACUCUAACAGUGUGGUCAACGGUGGGGCAAGGCCGAAAACAACCUACAACAGAUACAACAUUAACAGUGGGAAGGAUACAGACAGCUCUGCCCUGGAGGAAGAGGGAGAUGACAUCAAGGCUCUGGAGGCCAAGAUCAGGUGUCUCGGGAUGAAGAAGAAACCAUCGCAAGGAAUGGCAAGCAUCGACAGCAGUGCCCCUGAAACGACAUCGAGCGACAACUCCCCGACCCUGGUGCGUCGUAACUUCAACAAGCACCAGGGACCUGGCAGCGACUGUGGGAGCAGUGCAGAGAGCAGUGACUCCAUCGGAUCCAGCAGUUCUGGGGACAAGGCAGCAAGACUCAUACACAGGGAGAAUGAAAGUCCACCAAGUCCGUACAUCAACAGAAUGCUGCCGUCUCAAGUGAUCAUGGACUCUCGAAGUUCCACUCCAAACAUUAAAGGAAUGAGGUCAUUGUCAGCUCAAAUUUCCUUACUAUACAAGGGAAAGAAUCGCACGAUGCCGACAAUUCCAAACCAGCCGAGUGAGGCGUCGUAUCACUUCAUGUUUGAGCUGGCCAAGAGUGUUCUGCAGAAGAGUGGCGGCAACACCUCCAGCUCCCUGUUCACCCAGCCCUCCAACUCCACCAACCACACUGGUGCGCACCGCAACCUCCAACUGUGUGCCUUCCAGAUCGGACUCUACGCUCUUGGUCUCGGCAACUGUGUGUCCCCGAACUGGCUCUCCAGGACAUAUUCAUCGCACGUGUCGUGGAUAGAGAACCAGGCUCUGGAGAUUGGGAGUGCUGCUAUUAAAAUUCUCAUUGACACCUGGGAAGGUCACCUGACACCACCGGAGAUUGCAUCCCUGGCAGACCGAGCUUCUCGGGGUCGCGACCCAAAUCUAAUCCACUCCGCCGCAGAACUCGCCUUGUCGUGCUUGCCACAUGCCCACGCUCUCAACCCCACCGAGGUCCAGAGAGCCCUGUACCAGUGCAAAGAACAGAGUCGGGACAUGCUAGAGAAAGCCUGCCUGGCUGUGGAAACAGCUGCUGAAGGGGGUGGAGUCUUUCCCGAAGUCUUGUUUGACGUUUCCAAACACUGGUACGCUCUGUCUGAGGAGGCUGCCCAGAACGUGGCCGAUAUUCCCGACAACUGCAGCGCACCGUCCCGAAACCAGAAUUACCCCGACAUCGACAACCAGGUUCACAUCGUGGCCGCACCUCCACUGACACUCCAGAACGAACGGACCAGCCCCUCAGGACAUGCGGUGCUGUCGUUCGCCGAUACCCCCCCUCCGAACCAGGUGACCGUGUCUGCCAGUCAGCAACUGAUCUCUCACAAUACGGGGCAGCUGGCCCCCCAGGCCAUGAUUCUGCCAUGCGCCAUCCCGCAGACCGCUCCCCACCACCACGCUCAACUACCUCACUCAGCCUACCUACAGCACUACAACUAUGUGCAGCAAGUGCCUGCGGCGACAUUCACGCACCACUACUCCCAGCACCACAUGCCGCUGCACACCCAUGGGCUCCACGCAGCGUACGUGACACCCUACUACCAGACCCAGGCUCAGUUUGCCAGCAUCCAGGGCCUGGCGAACCACGCGCACGUCUACCACACCUCGGCCACCCACGUGGGGCAGCUCGCCCCUGCGGUGCAGGUCUACCAGGGGCCCACGUGUCAGGUGGCCACAGUGCAGAACAUCACCUCGUCGACAUCCAACCCCUGCUACGCCAUCCAGCAGGUGGAGCCGUCGACCACCACCACCUCGUCAACCGCGGGCCAGAUCCAGGCGGUGUGUGCACAGCCGCCGCAACUACAGCCUGCCGCACAUAAUCAGGAACAGCUCAACUAUCUGAUGGCUGCCUUCAGAGUGGGCAUGGCUGCCAUGGAAACACUCGCACGCAGGGUGCACGAUGAUCGCCCGCAGACUAAAUAUGCAAGGAAUCCUCCAUAUGGAGAAGAUUUAAAAUGGUUGCUUGGAAUUUCUAUUAAACUGGGAACAUCGUACCUGCAGCAGUUCUGUGUGAGCGCCGUGAAUGCGGUCGUCAGUCCAUUCAUCCUGUACGACCUGGCACUCGAGGCUGCCCGCUUCCUGGCCCGCAACAACCCGGCCCACGUGCCCAACCAGCUGAGAUCGACACUCCUCAACUCACUCUUCCAGAAGUGUUUACAGAUGUUUAUACAGUGUGCCCACCAGAGAAUCCAUCACAUCACCCACACUGACUACGACGACUUUGUCAGCAUCGUGUGCAGUGCACGCAAUGCAUUCUACAUGGCUCCCGGGGGUGUGGUCCAGUUCAACGAACUUCUGCAGAGUCUACGGCGGUCGAAGUCGUGCCGCAAGGAGCUGUGGCAGCGAAUCAUGAACGGUCUGGCGACGGGCAGCGUUUGACUACUAUCUCCAGUCGUAGUUAGCUUGUAUGUGUUCAGAGGCUCUCAUUCAUUAUAUUUGUAGGAAAAGAGAGAAUCACUGAAGUCCUGUUAUUCUUAUUUUUAUCAUUAAAAAAUCAUUAAAAUGAUGGGAAAAAAAAUUUAAAUACAUUUUUGAAACAAAGAACUGCCAUAUUUUGUGCACAUUGUUUAUGCUACUUUUUUUGGAGUAGAUAUUGAAAUGUAUUACAGUAUGAAUAAAUCAAUAUUUAUAUGUAUUACCAUACUUGAAUUUGUAUGAAGUUCUGUACCUUUUUGUAGGACUUCCAUCAUGAGAUGGGAGCCAGAAGCCAGUUGUGUGCAAACAUUUACAUUUCAACAGUCGUAGCUGUGGAAUAAAUAUAAGAAACAGGCUUUGAGUAACUCAGGAAAUAUUAUGAUUCUCAAACAAGAUUCUUAGGUUCCAAUCAGCUCUAAACAUUUCAUUCUUUGUUGGCCAUACCUGAACAUUCAUAUAAAAAAAGAAAAAAAGAAGGAAAACCAAAAAGUUGUUUAAUGAUUAUAAAAAGACACUGAGAUUGUACAUUCAAUGGAAUUACAUACUCGGUAGAUGCUUGACAUUAAAAAGGUGAAAACUUUCAAACUGUCUUACAGAAUUGCAGUUUUGUUUUAAUUGCACUCUGAAAACGUCUUGUCCUUUUUCUUUGAUGUGUAGCUUACAGUAGGCCCACCUCCUCCUUAACACUCUUCAAAAGUAUUCUGCUUACAGUAACAUAAACAAAGUUUUCAUCCCUGAAUGUGCCUCUUCUUAACACUCUUCAAAGUACUCUACUCACAGUGACAUAACCUUUACUAUUUAAGAUCGCAAAGUUUUCAUUCCUGCACGACAGAUUGGAUGAAAGUUUGUUACUGCUAUUAUAAUAAUCCUUGUUUCCGUAUCCUAAUAAAUGGCACCAAGCAUUCAUAGAAUCUACUAUCAAUUUAUCCAUUAAUAUAAAGGUCAAGCCAAACCGUUUUCAUUUUCACAUCACAGAAUAACACACAAGCUGAAUUUGUGCAGAAUAUGUUGGUCAUACAACUGGCUUGUGGUUCUCGUUGACUUUUCAUGUUGAACUUAUAUUUUUUGAAGGUGUUGCCAUGUCCACAUUUGUUUCAUGUACUGUGCGUAUUUAACACUUGUAUUUAUAUACUUUGUUACCCAUAUUUUAUAAUCAUUAGUUUGGUUUUUAUUGAUUAUUGGUUAUGUUUAUUCUGCUUUGUGUUAAUUUGUUUGCUUUAUUAUUAUGUCCAUUUACUAUAUUGUAUUUGAAAAUAUGAGUCCUCCAUUGCAACUUGUAUGUUACCAUCUAUUGUUAAAACAGAUACUCUGAUUUGUAGGCUAUUUAAUUAUAUGAAUUAUUAUAAAAAAAACUAAAAAAAACUAUUCAGAGUAAGGCCUGAUGAAGCUAUCGUGUAUUAUGUUCAUCUUGAGCCUCUUUAAGAUAACAUCUGAUUUUUGAAAGAGCUUCCAAAACUUGUAGUUUAAAGGCAUAUUGUCACAGACCAUUGACCUAUUUAAUUGUCUGACAAAGUAUUACCUGAACAAAUAUAAUUUGAUUUGUCCCUAAAUGUACUUUAUUCAACCAUCUCAUAACCACCAUACUCCAUUUAUUAAUGACAUUUUGUAAAAAUAAUUGAAUUAUGGCAAUGGUCAAUAAUUCAAAAACUAAAAUUGCCGAGAGGGAUGACAUGGAUUUCACUCCAUCAUGGUUUAAGGUGAUCCGAUAGCUAGAUUUUGUUUCCAACAAUUAAUGUAAUUUUUAUUUAUUAUCCAUUUUUAGAGAAAUAAGGUCCUUAAAUCUGUGACAGUUGACAGUAUACCUUUAAACUACCCUCUGAAUUGUUAACAAUUAAGUUGUGUGUCCCCAUGUGUGUAUACGUUUUUAUUUUCCAUAUAUGCGGUUUUGUAUGCACUUGUGUGUUUUCGGACCAGUUUUCGUAUACGUUUUCAUACCUACUGCAUACAUAUCUGGUUGGCACUCCACACCAGAUUAAUGGACACAGUCCUUUGUUAUUUCAUUGUGUAGGAUUUUAGUCACAUCCACAUCUGUGUAUGCACAAGUGGACACACUACUUUAUUCACACAUGCAGCCUGUUAAGAUUACCACGCCAUGCAGAUUUAAGUUAUCGUCAGUAUUUUUUUAAACAGAUGUUCUAACAUGGUAUUGUUCAGGUACCAUGUGAAUUGUUAAAACCACUAUUCAGACUAGAGCCUGUUUUGAUGAAUUAGCUACCAUCUGUAUUUUCAAAAUGGCUACAGCUAUUUGGAGCCUGUUUAAGCUGCUGUUUGUGCAUUUAAAAGAUUCUGUAAUUGGAAUUUACUUAAGACAGUCAUGAAAUUUGUUAUUUAUGGAUUCUUCAACCUUGUUUUAUUUAUGCGAGUCUCUUUGAAAUUGAAUUCACAUUUUUGUUGAUGAUUUUGUGCAAAUUCUGUUAAUGGUAGGGUGGGGGGAAUUGAAGGCAAAUAAUAUAUAAAAAUCCAUGUAUAUUCUAAAAAGUAUUUUAAUAUUUAAAAACAGCAUUUUGAUGUAAUUUGUAAAAUGCUGUAUCAUAUUUUGGGACCAAAUUUUCACAUUACAGAAUAUGAUUUUUAAAAAUAAUUUAUUAAAAGAGUUUUAAUCUUCAAUAUUAUAUAAUGUGAAAAUCUUGUAGUUUCAAGUAACGUAAAAUCCUUUUAACAAGCUAAUUAAUAAAAGAAAGAGACUGAAUGGCUACUGUAGCUAAAUACAUGUACUAGUAUUCAUGUCAUUGUAACGUGUUGGGUUUUGUACAGUUUAAGAUAAUCAGAACUUACGUUGAUGGUUCUAUUAAUAUUAUACCAUUCAACUUAUGCUAGGGAUAUUUGGGAAAACAUGUUGAGUAAAUCAACUGCAUUUAUUGUGUGUGGUGGAUGACAUAUGUAAUUGUAGUCUUGUAUCACUAUGGUGAUGUGCGGAACAUCCAGAGUGUGUAGUACCACUGAUCACACGUUGAACAAAUUCACAUUGUGCACAAACUAGUAUAUCUCUAGCAAAAGUUGAGUGUAUUGGCAAGUGACUUAGCUUGAAAAUAAAGUUCCUACUAGGAGUAUUUUGGAAAAUCUAGCCCUUUAAAUAAGAAAUUAAGAUUUCAAUUUGUAAAUAGGCAAAAUAUUUUAGUAUAGGUCAUUGCCAACUUAUACAUGUUGAUGAAGUAUAACUAAUAAACUAGUCACUGAUGGCUUGCAGUUAAUCCGACUUAGUGAGAAAUUAAGGAAGAAUUGGCACAUUAAAAUAUGUAUUAUUUCAUUGUGGUCAACAUGACUAAGCAAAUUGAGAAAUGGUCUUUUUUUCUCUCAUCCUGAUGUUGUACUGGUUUUAAGGUUGAAGUGAAAUUCAAUAUUAUUUUUUUGUUGUUAUCUUGUUUAUAUGUUUAAAUAAACCAGAUUUUCCACUAUUCAUUUACAUUACUGUUGAUUUAGAGUAAGCGGUUAGGUUUGUAGGUUUUGUCCAAAAGUACAACAGUUGCAAUAAUAAACUUAUCAAUUUUAUUGUCUGAUGGUUCUUUCCUUGUAAGUCAAAUCGUAAUUAUUUGAACAGCAAUUAUUGGUUCCAUCAUUUAAGUAAUGUUGCCGUUUUUUGGUAUUAAUUUCACGAAAUUUGUGAUAUAUGAAAUAGUAAAUGCUAAGUAUGGUACUAAUAAUGUUUUCCAAGUAGUAACCAUGCAAUUGGUGAAUAAUGUUGCAAACCUUUUCGUUCAU